CAUCCUAAUCCGGCUUGGGGCCGGGGGACGGGACGGUGGAGACUGUUGAAAUGUCCAGGCUACCCUAGGGUCCAUCUUCAGUGCCGGAACUAGUGGGCAUCGCGGCCGGAGCCCCUGUGGCUCUGCAGUGAGUUUGAGGAAUCCGAUAAAUCCCUCUGACUCAGGGAAAGGCGGAGGCAAGGAAAUAAUUGUUUUCAAGGGCCUCUAACUGCCCACCUUGCACAUUGCUGGAGUGGGGUGUGCUGACUGCUGACUGCGGCUUCUUUUUCAAGUCGUUUUGAGAGAUUUGAAUGGCUCAGAUGUUGAACAGUGAUGUUUCUGACCAUAGGCUAAAUGUAGAAGCCAUAAUUCAAAAUAUUAAUACAAUUUCUUUGGAGUUGAAGAAGAUGAAAGAGCGCUCCCAGUUACUGCUUUGUGACCUUACUCUACAUUUUAAUCACCCUGUGAAGACAGAUGACUCCAAGGAAACAGAAAGAAACAAGCCUCUCUUUGAAGAGUUUAAACUAUCAGAUGUAUCCCUUGCUUCUAACCGUUUUUCUUCCUAAUUUCUUACUUAUCUGUUGUGAAUUU